AUGGGAAGCAUACCUGUUCUCAUUAAACAUACUGGUAGUAUGAACAACAUUAAACAACAAUAUGAAGAUUACAUCGGUGAUUCAACAUUGUUGAGCAUAAACGCUUUAUACAACCAAUUGCGUGAAGUAAUAGCUUCGAACAUGGAUGUCGAUUUGACAUGCAAAAGCAUUCAAAUUGAAUAUCAGUUAACAGAUAUUGAAGGUAAAAUACGUAUACAUAAUGACAUGGGUUUGAAGGUCUACAUUAUGCAGAAAAGGAAUGUAAAGACAAUGAGUGCUUUGCCCUUUUACACAUUAAUAUGCAAAUCACGUAAUUGUGAUUUUUUAUUCCGUGCAUCUGAUAUCAACAAAUCAGGAAUAUUUGGUGUUAAAGAAUUCUUACCCGAAUACACAUGUCCGAUAAAGGAUAAGAUUUAUCCUAAGUUUCAUGCUACUAGUAAGUUGAUUGGAGUUAUGGUGAAACAAAAGUUUAAAAAUCACAAAAGAAAAUACAGUGCGACUGAAAUCAGAAGUGACAUGAAGGAAGACCUUGAUAUGGAUUUGACGUAUAUUAUGUGUUGGCGAGCUAAGGAACAAGCACUUGAAGAUUUGAGAGGAAAACCUUCGGCAUCAUACGGAAAACUACCUGCAUACAUUCAUGUUUUGAACACUACUUAUCCAGGUUCACAUAUACGAAUGAAAAAGCAUGAAGAUAAUGAGUUUUUGUAUAUUUUUGUCGCACUAACUACAUUCAUACAAGGGUUCGAUCACUGUAGACUUGUGAUAGUUGUUGAUACAAGUUAUCUUAGAGGACUAUACAGUGGCACAUUUGUAGCUGCAUGUACCAUGGAUGGAGCCGGCCAUAUAUUUCCAUUGGCAUAUGGAAUAGUAGAUUCUGAAAAUGAUGCAUCCUGGACAUGGUACUUUCAGAAUCUAAAGGAAGCAUACGGUGAAAAAGAACAUAUGUGUGUAGUUUCCGAUCGUAACCCAAGCAUUAUAAAAGUUGUUAUCGGAGUGUACAAUAAUGUACCACAUUACGCUUAUAUGUGGCAUCUAUGGGGUAAUGUGAAAAAAUUUUUUAGGAAGUCACAUGAUGCAUUGUCUGAAAUCUUCUAUACCAUGGCGAAAUCAUACUCAAAGUCUGAAUUUCAUAAUUUAAUGGAGAAAGUGGAGGUAGUUGAUGUUAGGGUGAAGAAUUACUUGGAGUUGGCGGGAUACGAUAAGUGGGCUAGGUCAUAUGCAACAGUUCAUAGGGGAUGGACCUUAACAUCAAAUAUUGCAGAGUCAAUUAAUGCUGCACUGGAGGCAUUGUACACACGCACGGAUCUUAUUGGAAAAUUUCAAGCAAUUCUCCAACAGAAUGAAGCAGAGUGUACACGUAUGAAGGUUAUACCAGUGUCAGAGUACGUCUGUAUUGUCCACGAUAAGGAGAAACAUUUUAUAGUUUGUCUAAAGGAAAAAAAAUGUUCUUGUCAUGCAUUCCAAUUGGAUGAGAUACCAUCUGUGCAUGCUUGUGCUGUACUUGAUAGCAAGAAUCUUGAAAAAGGACCAUAUUGCUCUAAUCUAUACAAGCCAAAAAUUGUACUGAGAACGUAUGAUCUUCUUGUAUAUCCUCUACCACAUAAAGAUGACUGGGUGAUACCUCAGGAAAUUUUAGACGAAGUAGUUUUGCCCCCAAAAUACAAGUCGCCCCUGGAAGACCUGUAA